CCAAACCAGCCCCUAUGACUGGCGUUACAGAGAGACAUAAAAUUGUAGAGAAACCGUCAUAUCUCCCGUUCAGGCUCAGUCAAAUCCUUGAUUGAUCGAGACGCAAACUUACAAGUACUCAAUCAACGCGUCCCUGUGAAAUUAUAAUUCUCGAUUCAACGGCGAAAGGGUUUUGCUUCUCUCGCUGAAUUUGAGAGAAAGAGACUGCUAGGGAUUUGGGUCGGCGAUUAGAUCUCAACCACAACCUUCAUCAUGGUUCUUUUACAGCUAGACCCAUUCCUCAAUGAACUCACUAGCAUGUUUGAGCGCAGCACUGAGAAGGGCUCUGUUUGGGUUACCCUUAAGCGAUCAUCCUUGAAGUCUAAGGUUCAGAGGAAUAAAAUGGCAACUGCUGGUGAAACGAUUGAGUAUAGAUGCCUUAUCCGUGCUACUGAUGGGAAAAAGACGAUUUCGACUUCAGUUGGAGCAAAGGAUCAUCAGCGUUUUCAAGCUUCGUAUGCAACUAUACUCAAGGCCCACAUGACAGCUCUAAAGAAGAGGGAGAGAAAGGAUAAGAAAAAGGCUGCAGAGAGUGAUAAGAAAGAAGGGGUUGCGAAGAAGCCCAAGAGGGUGUAAAUAACUCCCCCUUUACCUUUGUAGUCUCCUCAUUUCUUAAAAACAGAGGGAAAAAAUUAAUCAAGAACAAAAAUUGUGUCAACAUUGAGCAAGUACAGGGAUUGAAGAAUACGGGUUUUUGUUUAAUUGCCCUUUUUUUAGAAGUUACCCUGUAAUUGACGAUAAUCUCGUGAUUUGAUUGCAUUGAGAAUUUGAAAGACUUUGCAUGGAGUCAUUUAUAACUUGUGUUUGAAUGAAUGAGAAAGAUUUAUUUGGAU